AUGGCAGGCGACGGUGCCGGUGAGGGGUCUGCGUUGGCGGAGCCGCCCGACAGCGACGCCGUUGAGGUUGAUCCGACAGGACGCUACAUUCGCGUAAGGGCCAUACCGAUUGCCGGCGGGCUUGGCGUGAUCUUUCUCUUGCAAAUUGUACGGGUUUUUUCCUUUUUUUCUAACGUGUUUGCUUCAUUUUGGCAGUACAAGGAGAUUUUGGGCAAGGGGGCCUUCAAAACUGUGUACGUCGCGAACUCCCAUCUUCUCCUGUUCUCUGUUCCUUCUCCCAGUGAUUUCUUCUGCAAAAUCUGAAUUGGACCUUGCAUUCGCCUCUUUUAUUUUAUCCCUUGUCGACAGCUACAAGGCGUUUGACGAUGUGGAUGGAAUAGAAGUGGCAUGGAACCAGAUUAAAAUUGAUGAUCUCUUUCAGUCCCCGGGGGACGUGGAGAGAGUGUAUUCGGAGGUGCAUCUUUUGAAACAGCUUAAGCACGAGAACAUAAUAAAGUUCUGUAGUUCCUGGAUUGAUCAGCAUGACAGGACCGUCAACAUCAUCACUGAGUUGUUCACCUCAGGCAGCUUGCGACAGUAAUUCACUCCCUCUAUUUGGUUCGGUGAUUUCUUCUUUCUCAUUUAGUAUUCAUUUGGAAAGAGUUUAUUGUCUUGAUUAUCGGAAUGUAGGUACCGAAUGAAGCAUAAGAAAGUGGACAUGAAAGCUAUCAAACGAUGGGCAAGGCAGAUCCUGGCGGGUUUGAAUUAUCUUCACUCUCAUGAACCACCCAUUAUACACAGGGAUCUGAAAUGCGAUAAUAUAUUCAUUAAUGGGAACCGAGGAGAAGUGAAAAUAGGCGAUCUUGGAUUAGCAACCAUUAUGCAGAAGUCAAAUGCCCGAAGUGUCAUCGGUAUGUAUCAUAUUCUUCGUAACCAAUUUCAUUUUUUUGUUAACCAGAUAUCAGAUUUAUGAAUUGGAAACGUGAAGUAUAAUGUUUUUCCUUUCUCAACAAAAUUCCCCUACACAAUUGCUCAACCCAGCUCUCUAUUAUCUGUUCAGAGGCCACAGUAGCCUCUAAAAAUGCAUGUGCUGGCUGGAUUAGUAUGGUAUAAUUAAUUUAUGGGGAUACCAUGGUCAGGCGACGUAGCUUGCUAACUCCAAAAAAAAUUAAUUUGUAGGCACCCCCGAGUUCAUGGCACCGGAGUUAUAUGAUGAGGAAUACAAUGAACUAGUGGACAUAUAUUCCUUUGGUAUGUGCAUGUUAGAGCUUGUGACUUUUGAGUACCCUUACAGCGAAUGCAGAAAUUCUGCUCAGAUUUAUAAGAAAGUUUCAUCGGUAAGUGGCACACUAAUAGCUAUGUAUGUUCAACCUCAGUAAACUUGUGGAAGGUUUAUGGUAAUUUCUCGCAUCACAAUUGCUCUCCAGGGGAUCAAACCUGCGGCCCUGUCUAAAGUGAUAGACCCGGAAGUCAAGGCCUUCAUCGAAAAAUGUAUUGGUCCUGCUGCCCAACGAUUUCCAGCAAAGGACCUGUUGAAGGAUUCCUUCCUCCAGAUGGACGUUUUGUAUCUGCCUAUAUCAGAUGCCAUUGUUGGGAAGACGGACGCAGCUGGGAAUCAGUGUGUACUUCAGGAGGCCAACUGUGUUAGUACAUUCAAUACAUCUUCCACAGGAGAUUCUCAUAAAGACGGAGAACCUGAAGUCAUCACCCUCUUGGAUAAUGCUCGUGAUGGCUCCCCAUUCCGAGCAGUGGUGCAGAAGUCCGUCAGCAAAAGAGUGUUCGUUUUGAUGGGGGAGAGGAGAGAGGGCAAGUCUUUGUCAUUGUCACUUCGGAUUGAGUCUGAUGGACGUAAUUAUCUGCUCUUUCUCUUUCCUUUGUUCAUUCCACUUGACAGACCAUGGUUACGAGUUUUCCUCAUUUUUCUUUUGUUCAUGUCUGAUGUGUAGGUCUUGAGAGGCAAAUGAAUAUUCUGGUCUACCUCGAUAAUGAUGCUGCUCCAAUCACAUAUGAUAUUGUGGAACAGUUCCGAUUAAUUGAUCAAGAUGAGAAAUGUCUGUCUCGAUUGGUUGAUAAGUUGCUGAUUUAUCUGAUCCCUGGGUGGAAGCCGAGCACAUCUCUUGAUCUGCCGGUGAAGUCAAAUGAAAUGCAGAGUUGCUACAGCGAACCAACAUUCAGCUCAAUUACAUCUUUUCAUAGUCUCUUUGAGCCAGAUGAAGUUCCAAGCUAUUUUCCUCUUGAGUUUGGUUCCAUUGAGGAUUCUAAUCGUCAACAGUGUGAGAACAAAGUUUCCAUCAAAGCAGAUGGCGUUGUCCGCCUUGGUUUUGAGUCUUUGAGUAUAACUCCAACGGAUGAUGAGGUCUCUACAAUAUCAAUGGAAGGAAAUGAUGAGAAAUGCUCAACAAUGUGCAGUUCAUCACUGAAUGGGGAAGUGGAUGGUAGUGGAAAUGAGAUGGAGUCCAUGACGUCUGGAGUUGAAUCCUUUGUUCAUCCGUGCGAGAAGAAUGGAGAUGUGAUGAGUAUGUCCACAGAUGCGUUUACCUUUCCCAGAUUCCCGAGCGAUGAAUUUUUUUUUCACAUAGCUGAUGAGCAGGAUGAUGACGAUGAUGACAAAGACUUGAGGAUGGAACUCGAGUUGAUAGAGUUGCAGUACAGGGAGGCAAUAAAUGACAUAAAUCAGAAAAAGCAACAAGCAAUCGAGAUGGCAAAGAGUAGGGUGGCAGAAAGAAAGCGAAUCUUAAAUUAG